CCGUGACGUAAAUAUCGUGAGACGGAAGAGAAAUACUAUUGUAGUCGUUAGAAAUCCUGUGACAUGACAAAAGCAAAUCCUACAGCAUUUUGAAAAAAACAUUACCACAAACCGAGCAAAAAAAAAGAGAAAGAAAACAGAUCUUUUGGGAAAGUAUCCUGCACAAACAGAAAGGAUGCAUGGAAGAGUGAAGGUUAAAUCCACAGCCCAGCAGGAGGAGGAGAAAAGAAAGGAGAGGGAGAAGAAACUGAAGAUAUACGUGGCUGCACGAGACGCCUGCUUUUCUAAGAGGAAGGAGGGUAAUUGGGAUGAUGAGGCUCUCCAGAUUACCCAGCAGCUACUAUCAUCCAAUCCUGACUUCGCUACCCUGUGGAACUACAGGAGGGAGAUCCUAAUGCACAUGGAGACUGUGAAAGAUGAGGAUGAAGUGCAAAAGAUUUACCAGGCUGAGCUGUCAUUCCUGGAGUCGUGCCUCAAAGUGAACCCAAAGUCCUACGGCAGCUGGCACCACCGAGGUUGGGUCUCAACCCGCCUGCCUCGACCGGAUUGGGCCAGAGAGCUGGGCUUGUGUGAUCGCUGCUUGAGCCUGGACGACCGCAACUUCCAUUGCUGGGAUUAUCGUCGGAUGGUUGUGAAGAUGUCCGGUGUGCCCGUGGACCAGGAGUUGGCGUUUACCGACCGUCUCAUCGGCUCCAACUUCUCCAACUACUCCAGCUGGCAUUACCGUAGCACCCUGCUGCCGCUGCUGCACCCGGAGUCUCCCGAGCCCCGUUCACCGUGUCGCGAGCCUCGCCGGGCCUCCCCGCCACCUUCCCCGCAAACCCACUCCCAUCGCGUCUGCGAAGAGCAGCUCCUCAAAGAAUAUGAGCUUGUACAAAAUGCUUUCUUCACUGACCCCAACGACCAGAGUGCUUGGUUCUACUAUCGCUGGUUGCUAGGCAGAGCGGAGCGUGAGGAGAUGAUAAGCUGUGUGUACGUCAGUCGGGAUGAGGAGAGAGUGGCUGUCGCCUUCUCUAGGCCUGUUAAUGCGCAGUCUGUGGGCCUCCUGCUGGUCCUCGACGGUCAGCCCCAGAGAGUGGAGUGGAGGAGCGUCCACCCGCGCUUCAAACACAGCCCUGUCUGGAUCUGUGACCUUCCUCCUGGAACGAUAAGCGACAUCACAAAUGAGCACAACCUGACUGUGCACUGGACUGAAAAACACACUCACAGAGACUGUGCUCUGUACACAGGUCGAAGUGAGAGUUGGUGUCGGGACUCCGCUACGGAUCAGGAACUCUUCAGGAGUGAACUCUCAGUAGAGAAGACCUCAGUGUUACAGUCAGAGCUGCAGUCAUGCAACCAGCUACAAGAACUGGAGCCGCUCAAUAAGUGGUGCUUACUGACCAUUAUCCUCCUCAUGAGGGCACUAGACCCUCUGGGAUAUGAAAAAGAGACUCUCGCUCAUUUCCAAACACUGAAAGAAGUGGAUUCCAUGCGCUCUGCAUAUUAUGGUGACCUGUGCAGCAAGUUUAUGAUUGAAAACACCAUCCUGAAAAUGGAGUAUGCUGAAGUCCGUGUCUUCAGUAUUUCUGACAAGAACCUGACCACUUUAUGCCACCUGGACCAGCUGUUAUUGGUUACCCACAUCAAUCUGUCCUCCAAUCAGCUGCAGCGGCUGCCUCCUCAGUUUGCCAUGUUGCAGUGCCUGGAGGUCUUGGAGGCUGACAACAACUCCAUAGAAAAUCUUGAAGGGGUGUUCCACCUUCCCAAACUGGAGGAAGUCCUCUUGAAGAAUAACAAAAUCUCCACACUGGCAGAUCUUCAGCCGCUGGCCUCCUGCCCUAAGCUGAAGCGCCUUGAUCUCCGUGGCAACCCUGUCACUCAGACGGCCAAUAUUGAGUCGGAGCUGAGCGAGCUGCUGCCCUCGGUCACAGACCUGCAGCUCUGAUUGGACCCAACCGCCGCUGUUCGAUCGUUCCAUCGCAUUCUCUGGCGUGCUUGUUUGUGGAAGAGCCAGUGGGUGUUUUUCAGGUGUCUUGUGACUGUUUGUUCCACAUGUUGGCUUGAGAGACUGUCAGUCACACCAAUCUCUGAAGGUCUGAAAGCCUGAUGCCUCAGAGUAUAUGUCAGAAACCUCUAACCCCUUCAGCAAAAUGUCUAGAUGUGUGUGUGAGGGAGUGCAUAAUUAACAAUGUUGCAUUUCUUUGUGUGUGCGUACGGAUGUCCUUAAUACAACACACCCAAUUGCAUGUGGAAACCUUAAUAAUGACUGUGUAUGGAUGGCCGUGCUGCUACGCUGGCUUAUUGCUUCUAUAAGCUU